AUGGCAGAGAUGGAAAGAGCAUUUGGCUGCAACACCUGCCGAUGUACCGGCUUUAGACCGAUUAUGGACACCGUUAAGUCAUUCGCCGUCGACGCUAGUGCAGAUCUAUGCCAGAAGGUCAGAGAUAUAGAGGAACUGAACAUAUGCAAGAAAACAAACGCUGCUUGCGAAAGGAAAUGCUCCGUUAAAAGUGUCGAUAGUGAUUGGAGUAUUCUGACAGAUGACAGUAUUAAAUACGAUUCACAAGAUACUAUCGUUCUAGAUACUGAUGAUAACCAUAAAUACUUCAAGGUGUACAAUGAAGAUGAAAUAUUUAAUACACUUAGGCUGAACGGCACCGAUUCUUAUAUGUUUAUAGAUGGAAAUACGGGGAAAGGUUUGUACGACGAUUUCGAUUACCCCCGCGUACUUAUUGACAUAAGUAGUGUCAAGUCUUUAAAGACGUACAAAUUCGACCAGAACUUAAUCUUGGGGGCCAACAUUUCUUUGCAAGAUUGCAUAACUAUAUUUAAAGAUGCAGCAGCUACGAGAUCUGAAUUUGCAUAUUUGGCAGAGUUUGCUAAGCAUUUAGAUCUUAUUGCACAUAUACCUGUGAGAAAUAUCGGUUCAAUAGCUGGUAACCUGAUGUUGCGUGAUGGCCUAGGCUCACAUAAAUUGUUGAAAAUGACUGAAUUUCUUAAAUAUGACAUGUGUGGUCGACUCGUGGUGUCCGUAGAAUUGCCGCCGUUAAGUUCAAAGUAUGUCGUGCAGAGUUACAAAGUAAUGCCUCGUCAUCAAAACUCAUUAGCCAUUGUGAAUGCUUGCUUCGUUGUGAAAGUCAACUCUAAAACUAAUGUCAUUGACGAUGCUAAACUCGUUUUCGGCAAUAUAUCCGCUGACUUCAUACACGCUACGAAGACAGAAGUAUAUUUGAAAGGAAAGAACUUUUUGAAAGAUGACACUGUACAGGGAGCUAUCAAUUUAUUGAACAACGAAAUUCAACCAAAAGAUAUACCACCGCAGCAAUCUCCGGAAUGCCGGAAAAAAUUGGCUAUUGGACUAUUCUACAAAUUCAUGUUAAAAAUCGCAUCAUCUAAUGCAGCUCCUCGCUACAGAUCAGGUGGUAACUUGAUCAGCCGGCCAGUCUCCAAAGGCCACCAAGACUAUCAGACGGACAAAUCUUUAUACCCCCUCAACCAGCCAGUUCAUAAGUUGGAAGCUAAGAUCCAGAGUGCUGGGGAAGCGCAAUUCGCUAAUGAUAUACCGCCUAUGCCCCACGAAGUUUUCGGAGCAUUCGCGCUAUCGACUGUUGCUAGUGGAAAAGUAGAUACUGUGAAAACUGAAAAAGUUCUGAAAAUAGAAGGCGUGGUAGCAGUUUACACUGCAAAGGAUAUACCAGGCAAAAACUCCUUUACUAAACCUGGUAUCCAGUUGCAAAUGGAAGACGAGGAAAUACUGGCAACUGAUAUCAAAUUUUGCGGGCAGCCCGUCGCAAUCGUCGUCGCCACAACCGAAGAGUUAGCAGCUAAAGUAGCGAAACAGCUCGAAAUAACUUACAAAGAUGUCAGAGGUACACCACCCGUGCUAACCAUUGAUCAAGCUAAAAAAGACAGCAAGAGAUAUUCUCCGUAUUCAGACGGCAUAGAGCCAAAAAGCAAAGGAAAUAAUGUGAAGAAAAUAAUCAAAGGCGUUUAUCAGAUAGACGCACAAUACCACUACUAUAUGGAGCCCAUAACAUCAGUGGUCGUACCAGUGGAUGAAAGAUUCGAGGUCUAUGACUCAUGUCAAUGGAUGGAUUUAACUCAGAUCGCGGUAGCUCAAUGUUUGGGCAUCAAAGAGAGCGACGUUGUAGUAAAAGUUCUUCGUGUGGGCGGAGGAUUCGGCGGAAAGAUCAGUCGCAACGUGCAAGCGGUCGGCAUUGACGAUGACGGCAAAAUACAAUACCUCAACGCGACAAUAGUCGAAGAUGAUGGUUGCUCACACAAUGAGAACAUACUGGCCUACGUUGCUCAAGGAUUCCCCAAUUGUUACGAUCCCAGUACGUUCAGUCUGAAGACGGCGGCCGUUCUUACUGACUUGCCGUCUAAUUCAUUCGCUAGAGCUCCCGGUACUGCUGAAGGUAUUUCAAGUAUCGAACACAUAAUGGAGCACAUAGCAUUUACUGUAAAGAAAGAUGCAACAGAGGUCCGCAAAUUAAAUAUGAGAACCGAAGACAAUGACUUACCACCUCUAAUCGAUGACUUUAAAAAGGAAACAGACUAUGAUAAGCGAGCAAAGGAAAUAGACCAAUUCAAUAAAUCUAAUCGUUGGAUGAAGAAAGCCAUCUGCAUAAGCGUAAUGAGUUUCCCUGUGAUUUACUACGGUAAUUAUAGUGGAAUGGUUAGUGUGUACAGAGGAGAUGGUACUGUAACGGUUACAACUGGUGGUAUCGAAAUGGGACAAGGCUGUAACACGAAAGUUGCUCAAGUGUGCGCUUACGUGUUGGGCAUACCUGUAGAGUAUGUAUCUGUGUUACCUCACCAUUCGUUCACAGCUGCUAACAACGUAUUCUCAGGGUCCAGUAUAACCAGUGAAAGUACGUGUUACGCUGUAAUGAAAGCUUGUAAAAUGAUCAACCAAAGAUUGGAGCCAAUACGCGCAAAGAUGACUGAUCCAACCUGGAAGGCAUUAGUCAUGAAAGCUGGUGAUGAAGAAGUUGAUUUGACUGCCAUUUACAUGAUGACUGAUAAAGAGGAAGAUCUAUCUGGCUACAACGCAUAUGCCGUUACUAUACUCGAAGCACAAUUGGACAUUUUGACGGGACAAUUCGAAUUGUUGAGGGUGGACAUUUUGGAAGAUGUAGGAUUGAGUGCCAAUCCUAACUUAGAUGUUGGUCAAGUAGAAGGUGGUUACAUUCAAGGAUUGGGGUACUUCAUGUGCGAGAAGUUAGUAUACGAUAAGAAGACAGGCAAGCUAUUAACCAACCGCUCUAUCAAUUAUCACGUACCAUUGGCGCUCGAUAUACCUGCAGAAUUUAAUGUGAAACUUCGAUACAAUUCCAAAAACCCUAAAGGAGUUUUGGGGUCCAAAGCUGUUCCGUACGACACUGAAGCUAUAUUGGGAGCUGUCGAAGUCAAGUUGAAUGAAAUGGUGCUUACUAAAUGA